AGCAGCGCCGAGAUGGGCAAGUUCAACAUCUCCCCCGACGAGGACAGCUCCAGCUACAGCUCCAACAGCAACGACUUCAGCUACCCGUACCCCACCAAGCCGGCCGCCAUGAAGAGCCACUAUGCAGAUAUUGAUCCAGAAAAUCAAAAUUUCCUGCUCGACUCCAAUCUUGGAAAGAAGAAAUAUGAAACUCAGUAUCAUCCGGGUACUACUUCCUUCGGAAUGUCAGUAUUUAAUCUGAGCAAUGCUAUUGUGGGUAGUGGCAUCCUUGGUCUUUCUUUUGCCAUGGCUAACACUGGAAUUGCUCUUUUUGUGAUACUCCUGCUGUUUGUCUCAAUAUUUUCUUUGUAUUCAGUGCAUCUUCUUUUGAAGACUGCCAACGAAGGAGGAUCUUUAUUGUAUGAACAGUUGGGAAUGAAGGCUUUUGGUAUGGCUGGAAAACUUGCUGCUUCUGGAUCAAUUACAAUGCAGAACAUUGGAGCUAUGUCAAGCUACCUCUUCAUAGUGAAAUAUGAGUUACCAUUGGUCAUCAAGACAUUUAUGAACAUCGAAGAGACUACAGGAGAAUGGUAUCUCAAUGGUGACUAUUUAGUGCUGCUGGUGUCUGUCAUCCUCAUUCUUCCCCUGUCCUUACUGAAAAAUUUAGGGUAUUUGGGCUAUACCAGCGGCUUUUCCUUACUUUGCAUGGUCUUCUUUCUGAUUGUUGUAAUUUGGAAGAUGUUUCAGAUUCCUUGUCCUAUGGACAGUGACAUUAUGAAUGCGACAUUAUUAAAUGGAACACUAGCACCUUUGGUAAAUGAAAACAUAACAAAUGAUAUGUGCAAGCCAAAAUAUUUCAUCUUCAAUUCACAGACUGUCUAUGCUGUCCCAAUCCUAACAUUUUCUUUUGUCUGCCAUCCUGCAAUUCUUCCUAUUUAUGAAGAACUGAAAAGCCGAAGCCGUAAAAGAAUGAUGAAUGUAUCCUAUGUAUCUUUUUUUGCCAUGUUCCUCAUGUAUUUAUUGGCUGCUCUCUUUGGAUACCUGACAUUUUAUGGAAAAGUCGAACCAGAACUGCUUCAUACCUACUCUGCUUAUCUGGGUGCUGAUGUUCUCCUUCUUAUUGUGCGUCUCGCUGUUCUUAUGGCUGUAACCCUCACUGUACCUGUAGUUAUUUUCCCGAUCCGCAGUUCCAUUACGCAGCUGUUGUGGGCAGGGAAGGAGUUCAAAUGGUGGCGUCAUUGUUCCAUUACAAUUACUCUUCUGGCAUUUACCAAUGUGCUUGUUAUCUUUGUCCCUACUAUUCGAGACAUCUUUGGAUUCAUUGGUGCUUCUGCAGCUGCCAUGCUGAUCUUUAUACUUCCUUCUGCCUUCUAUAUCAAAUUAGUGAAGAAGGAACCAAUGAAAUCAGUGCAAAAGAUUGGGGCUUCAUUCUUCUUUCUAAGUGGAAUAAUUGUGAUGACUGGGUGUAUGACACUGAUUGUUCUAGACUGGACCCAGAAUGUUACAUCUGAUGGCCAUUAACUGCCCUGGUUUAAUCUCUAGCACUCCACUUCAGAUGCCAGUGUUCACUCAGAUACCUCCUGAGAACGAAAAUGAGCUACUCAGCUUCCUUUGAAAGGCAGAUUCUUUGUUGAUGGUUCUUCUGACUGUAGAAUAUCUGAACUCUGUCUUUAAGAAACUAUUCUGCAUGAUGGAAGUGGAUAUUAACAUCAAACCAUGUGAGUGUCUGGCUGACAGAAGUGACAACUUUAUUCCAUUCCAGAGAAUGGACAGAACUCUCUGUAGACUUUUAUCAAGCCAUGUUUGGCUUUCGUCAUUGUUACUUGGAUAUUUUGUUAUUUUACUUGAAUGUGCCUAAUGGAACCAUUUGAUGUGAGAAAGAACUCUUUAAUUUAAAGCAAAGUGUUUAAAUAACCAAUGAGAGAGAGAAAGAGAGAGAGGGAGA